UUCCGGUAGUGACGUCACGAGAAAUGUGACAGUGGUGUGGGAGAUUUCACGUCGACUGUCCUGUCGGUUUCAUCAAUAACUCUCUCCAGUUCUCAAUAUUUUCUCCAUUUCUCAAGACUUCUCAAGCCGAAGGAGUCACAGAACGUCGUCCCCGAUUUUCACCCAUCAACAUGUCGUUAGAAGAUCCGUUUUUCGUCGUCAAAGAUGAAGUCCAGAAGGCGGUCCAGAAUGCCACAGGACUGUACCAGCGCUGGUGCGAGCUGUUGGAGGAUCCCGUCUCCGUCAGUAAGGAGGAAUACGAUUGGACGAGUAACGAGCUGCGGAACAGCCUGCGCAGUAUCGAAUGGGACCUGGAGGAUCUGGAUGAGACAAUAAGUAUUGUAGAGUCCAACCCAAGGAAGUUCAAGAUCGACCAGCAGGAACUAGCCGACAGACGGGCCUUUAUCUCAAGGACACGGCAAAGUGUCAAGGACACUCAGAAUCAGAUGAAAACAAAGCUGCUGCACGUUAACACGUCACCCAAAGACAAUAAACCGGUUAAAGAAGACAGGAGCAGGGAAAGAGAGCACCUCUUCAACGGUCCCAGUAAACGGCAGGACCGCUACACAAAACUGGACUCAGAGAUGGACAACACCAACCAGAAAUUUAUAGCUGACACAAGACAACAACAACAGUUAAUAGUGGAGUCCCAGGAUGACCAGUUGGAGAUGGUAUCAGGCAGUGUAGGAGUACUGAAGAACAUGUCUCAUCAGAUAGGCAAUGAGCUGGAUGAACAGGCUGUGAUGUUAGAUGACUUGGGACACGAGAUUGACUCUACUCAGUCCAGACUGGACGGCGUUCUCAAAAAAAUUGCCAAAGUCUCACACAUGUCCAAUGACAAGCGUCAGUGGACAGCAAUCAUUGUGCUGCUGGUCAUCAUGUUCAUUCUCAUCAUUCUGUUCCUGACCUUAUAGUAGGGAGAAUCUCCACUUCAAUCAUCCAGUGAUUUUUGUUUUAAUUUUUAGAGGAAGAAUUGUUGCACCUAAUCUGUGCUAAAGAUACAGUAUAGGCAGUUGAGAAAAGGUCAAUAAUGUAAGCUAAUAUUUCUAUAAAAUAGAUGUAAGUUUCAUUUGCAUCUGAGCUCUUUAAGGGUACAGGGGAUUUUUUUCUGUGACAAAAAUGUCUCAAA